AUUAGUGAACAUUUCUUCUAACAUCUAGUUUACAAUUUUACAAUGUUCUUCAGUAUUAACUUGUAAAUUAUUGGCAUGUCUUAACAAACUGGUAUUUGUCAUAGGUAUAAAUAGUAAGCUUAGCUAAAUAAUUAUCUACCUUAUUACCUAAUUUAAGUUAGUUAAAUAAUUAUCCAUUCAAAUUUCAAGCUUGCAUGAUUAACACUUGCUAUCAAAUUGGAGCAGUCUUAUCUCUAAGUAUUUAAGUAUUUAGAGCACCAUGGUUAGCCCGUCUUUUCUACUCCACGUUGUCCUGGCUGCUUUACUUGGGUGUGCCUCACAGGCCCAGGAUGAGGUUAUCACAGAGAUGGACAUGCAGCUGUCCAAUCGGACAGCAGAUCCCACCAUUACAUCAGAGGGAGCGCUAAUACUGAGCUCACCUGCAGGAGAAAUAGUGGAGGAAACAGUCCCACCCACAGGUACCCGCUGCCAGGGUUAUUAUGAUGUCAUGGGUCAGUGGGACCCACCAUUUAAUUGCAAUGCAGGUGUCUUCCUAUACUGCUGUGGCACCUGCUUUUACCGGUUCUGCUGCCAGUUCCGUCAGCAACGUCUAGACCAGACCUCAUGCUCCAACUAUGAUACACCACUUUGGGCCAACACAGGAAAACCUGGGGCCACUAUCACUGAGGUGCAGUCAGAGCAUGAGAGGGAUCGCACGCAAAUUAUUGUCUAUAUAAUCUGUGGUGUGGUGGCCAUCAUGGUCCUGGUAGGCAUCUUCACCAAGCUGGGUUUGGAAAGGAGCCGAGGUGGACAAAAUGAGGUCAACAACUCAAGGACUCUGCAGGAGCUGCUGAAACAGCCAGGUGGGGAUGCGAGCCCUGUAGAUGGAACCAUUAGCAGUAGCACCACCAUUGGAGCCAAUGGCAUUUCGGCUCGGAUGUUGCGCAGCCGCAGCGAGCAGUAUCACCUCAGCAACACAGCAUUCAGUCCAACAGUUGGAGUCUCUCAUCCCCAAAGCAACAACAGUCUGUCUGGCCUCACACACAGCAAGUACUCUUCACUGAAGGCUGUUGCAGACACGGCCAGCAGAGGUUACUAUAAGAGCUAUCCACUCAUGGAUUUCUCUCAAUACCAAACUCUUCCUGCACCAUUUCAACCUAUCCCAGGGCACCAAAAAGAGAAGUCCUAUUCCCAUCAAGACAAGCCCUACAUGCACCAAGCUCUGCCUUCUCGUGACAUCCACUCUGCUCUUUCCAUUUCCAUCCCCACCAGCCAACUUGAGAGGAGCUGCAUUCGAAAAACCAGCGCUCAUCCCUUACACCUAAGCUCAAGCUUCACAGUGUGCGACUCUGCAUCCCGACAUGUCCAUCGGCAGACCUCACACCCUGGACACCCUAGUCGUAGGCAGACCUACGCCAGCAGAAGGCAAUACAGCAUAGAGAUGCUUCCUGAGCUUUUCUCACAGCCCAUGUCCUAUGAAGGACCUUCAUCCUACCCUCACAAACACAAGAGCUUUCAAACCAACAGCAAAACAGAAGUCACUGUCUAA